AUGGCUCCGUCGGCCCAGGACCUGCAGCAGGAGCUGGAGGCCACGGCCCAGGAAGUGCUGGGCAGACUGAAGAGCCGCCAGCUGUUCCAGUCCGAGUGGGACACCGCUGCCUUCAUCGUAUUUCUCACCUUCAUCGGCACCGUGUUGGUCCUGGUGCUGCUAGUCUUCAUUCACUGCUGCUGCUGCUGCUGCUGCAACUCCCCCAGGUCCCAGAAGGUGAGCCCUGCGAAGCGGAGCCCCAAGGGGGUGGACAACUUGGCCUUGGAGCCUUAA